AUGGCCAUAAAUAUACAUGACUGUGGUAACUGCGCGUUGCAAUGCGAUCAAAUACCAAACUCGGAUUAUUAUAUCGUGAAAUUGCAAAAAUCACGUUGGAGAGAAAGUAACAUUGCUAUUUCUCCUAAACAUUCAGACAUCUGUAGUACAUCAGACACAUCAAGCAAAGAAUUGAAGAACCUGUGCAGCAGUUCUAGCGAAAAAAGCAAGGUUUGUUCGAAGGAUUCAUUGUACAAAGAUGCGUUGAACGAAUCAAAGUUAUUUGAUAAAGAACAAGAACAAUACCAAGAAUGUCAUACUUCCCCUGUUUGCGAACAUCAUUCAGUAAAUUACAAUGAAUCAGACGAGACCACUUCGUGUACCACCGAUGAAAGUUCCAGACUCAUACAUAGGCAAAGAAACAAGAAAGGUGUCGCCAUCUGGGAACAACUAGUACGUAUCAAAACCUACGACGGAAUUGGUCGAAAGAAUCUGAUAAAUAAUUUAGUACGAUUCCUAUGCACACAGCCUCGUCUAGAAUCUAUUUGUCUUGAGGGCUUGUCAUUAACGCCAGACGAAGGUAUUCGACUCCUAUCGGCACUGUACCAUUCUCGUAAAACAAUGAGAUGCGUAUAUUGUUGGCGUACUUUCGAGAAAAUGGUAAAUAUUGGCGAUCGCGACGAAUCAAGAUCUCGUACGCAUAAAAAGAUCGACAAGUACGACUGGUUUCGUGCGAUCGGUACUUUGAAAUUUCUCACGACAUUAUCCGUAAAUUAUGCGUAUAUAGCUACACCUAGUGGAGAUCUACUUAUCCUUCUAGCCAAAAAACUCGGUCAAAAUUGGUUUUGGCUACAAUUGUUAUGCACGGAAGAAGACAUUAUACAGAGACAAAAUGGCGGGACGAAGAUUACGAAAAAUGUAAUACCGGAUGUCGGUUGGAAGGAAGUUCACUUAUGGGCACCCGCAUUGAAAGUACAAUAUGCCAUUAUUGGAAUACCGAAUUAUGAUAUUCACAAAUGGUUCUAUACGAAAAGCACUCAGGUACAUACCUUUACGCUGUCGACGAGCAUUGAUUUUAAAUUUCAGCAGCCCUGGUAUCUGAAUUGCACAUUUAAAUCACUUUAUUCGUGGCACUCGGACAGUUUAGUAUACUUGUGUCUCCAAUUAUGGCAUAAUCGGGAAAAUUUGGAUAAUCAGUUGAAGAACUUGUUCGUCAAUUUGCCGUCACUUCGAGUUUUUGAAUUUAUCGGCGAAAUUCGGAAGCUAAAAACACUUUGUAGCAUGUGCUUGCAGAUACGAUCGUGCUGCUGCAAGGUUCAUUCUGUCAACAUGCAACUUCAGGAGGUUCUACAUGACGAUAUAGAUAAAGAACAAUGGAUGAAAAGUAUAAAAUGUUUAAUGGUGUGUUUUAAGCAUGACUUUGAAAAGAUGGGCGUUAAAUUUGCAAUAGAUUUUUACUGCAUGUAAUGAAAAAGCCUGUAUUGCGAAGCA